CUCCGACUUAUCGAGCUUUAUUUUGUUAGGAAUAUGCAACACAAAGGCAAAAGUGACAAUUUAGGAUGCAUCCAAAAUGCAAGAAUUGUUCUCCCAAAGUCCAUCACACUUAAGUAGUUAGCACUAGUUAGUAACUAGAAAUAGGAAUGGAAUGUCAAAUAUAAGGGCAAAAAAAGGAAAUAAAAAUAAAUAAAAAAAUUAAAAAAAGAUAAAAUUUAUUAUUACACAAGUGAGACCGUGGGAAGGAGACCAACAAAGGAAGAGAGAGAAAGUGAAAGAGGAGAGAGAAACAGCGAUCGAGGGUUGCAAAACAAAAUCUAAUUCCCUCUUUCUCCCAAAAUCAGCUCCAAAAAAAUAAAAAAUAAAAAAUAAAAAAAAAACCCAAAAAAUAAAGAAAAACAAAAAAAAAAAACCCAGAAAAAUUCAGAGAGAGAAGAAGCAAAUGCACUUACGAGAAGAGAGAGAAAGUAAUCUAGCUGGGUAUUUCGCAAAAAUUUGCUGACAAUUCGAAGAAAGUUGAAAUUCAUCGAAUUUGGGUGUUGUUCAGUCACCUAAGAAGCUGCUUGGUUGCCGAUAAUAAGGUCAGAAAUUGAUCAAAAAAAGGGUAAAUUAAUCAGCUUCUGGUAAUAUAGUUGAAUUCCCAUUUCCCCUUUUUCUUCAAUUAAUUGUGUUCUGAAAGUUGGGAAUUUGUUUUCUGGGAAAAAGGGGGAAAAUUAAAAUCAGGGAGGUUAAUUUUAAUUGAUCUUAUAUGUUGAAGUUAAACUCUGCGAUCUCAGUGGUUAAAAGGGGAAUUGAGGGGUACCCAGUUGGUGAAUUUUGAAUUGGAAAUGUGGGAUUUUGAGCAACGGUAUAGUUACGCGCUUUACAGUUUUUACCGUUUGAAGUCGAGGCGUCGUAAGCUUUGUUGCUUAUUUUGGUGAUUUGAACUUAGGGUUUUGUGAUUUCUAGCAGAUUUGAAUUGUAUAAGUGUUGAUUUUAGGGUUUGGUUGUUAGUUGUUUGAGUAAGUUAGAUCUCUACUUGGGUGGUUGUCAUUUUUGAAAUUUAGGGUUUUGAAUUUGGUUAGUAAUUGUGGUUAUGUGUUGGCAGUUUUGGGUAAUUUGAGUGAGUUUUAUUAAUUUGUUUAAUUGGGUGUUUGUGGUUAUGUGUUGGAAUGUUGCUGAGAUUUGAAUUGGGAGGGAUUUGGUGUUAGUUGUUGUUGUUGGAUUUUUGUUGUAUGAGUUUGUAGGCGUGACUGUGAAGAAAUAAUAAUAUGCAACCGGAAAAGAGUUCGCGUAUGGAUAUUGGUGAGCUCAAAGCUCAUUUGUUCAAGAAGGUUGGCCCGGACAGAUUUAAGAGAUACUUCUAUAGUUUGAACAGGUUUAUUAAUCAGAAGUUAAGUAAGAGUGACUUUGAUAAGUCGUGUCAUCGGUUACUUGGGAGGGAAAAUCUCUCUUUGCAUAAUCAGAUAAUAAGGGCUAUUUUGAAGAAUGCUUGUAGUGCCAAGACCCCUCCUCCAUCAGUUCAUGAAGCGGGUCCUGCAAAACCUGCCAUAGCAACUGGAAAGAGCUUGCCUAUAUCAGAGGAUGGGCAUGGUCCGCCGGCAUCUGUGUCCCAGAAUCAAAGCUCAGUAGCCCCUGUUUGGUCGAAUGGGGUUGUUUUGCCUAUGUCUCCUCGAAAAGUGAGGUCUGGAGUCCGUGAAAGGAAAUUUAGAGAUAGGCCAAGUCCUCUUGGGCCAAAUGGGAAGGCAGAUUCCGCUUCGCACCUGACAACUGCAACAGAUGAUAGUGGUGUGAAAGCUGUAGAAAAUGGGGAUUUGAUGGAGAUGACUCCUUGCGAUUAUCAACGGCCUUUGCAGCCACCACGGGGGCUUGCUGAGCAACCAGAGAAUGAAGAGAGAUUGAUGAUGAAGAAAUCUGUAGAUAUUCCAGGUGUCAUUCGAAGUAAAGACCACAAUAAUGUACCUGCUGUUGAAGAUGGGGAAGAGGUGGAACAAGGCAGCCGGCUUAAGCUCUCCAAAAGUCCUCUACUUGCUCCUCUUGGAAUUCCAUUUUUCUCACCUAGUGGUGGAGCCCGCAAAUCAUUACCUGUGACGCACAUUGGCGAUUAUGUUAACUGCUUUGAUAUUGGCGGACUCUCUGACAGUGAGAUGCUAAGGAGGCGAAUGGAGCAGAUUGCAGCUACACAGGGUCUAGGUGGGGUUACGACAGAUUGUGCUAAUACCUUAAAUAACAUGUUGGAUGUAUAUUUGAAGCGAUUAAUCAGAUCUUGUUUAGAGUUAGUUGGUAGUAGAUCUACAAGUGACACGUCAAUGUAUGCUGUUCAGAAGCAGCAAACUCACAGCAAGCUUAUGAACGGUCUCUGGCCUAGUAAUCAUUUACAUAUGCAAAGUGGUGGUCCUCCUCUAGAAGAACAGAGGGCUCAUCAUUCUGUUUCUCUGCUUGAUUUCAAGGUCGCAAUGGAGCUAAACCCUCAACAACUUGGAGAAGAUUGGCCUUUGCUGUUGGAGAAGAUAUCUAUGCAGGCAUUUGAAGAAUAAGAUCUAUGAAGAACAUAUGGAAUUGCCUUUUAUUCCUGGUGGGUUGGUCAUUCUGGCUUGAAGAACAUGUCUUUUAUGACUUGUUAUUAUUAAUGGUGUCAAUGUCCAUUUAAUUACGCCUCUGUCCCAAGCCAGGUCAUUCCUACCCAUUAGAUGCAGCUCGACCUUCGCAAGAUCAAAUGAAGGUUUUGAGCACGAUGUAUGUACAGCUCUUUUCACAGAGUUUGUACAUGAUCGGGGAUUAUUUAACUGGCCACCAGUGAACGGGUUCUCGAGGGAUGCCCAGUGGUGGUUGCUCUGUUGUAUGUUUAGCAUUCUUGUCGGCUGUCUUCUGCCUGAGUCAUGUAAUUUACUGCCAAGAGGAGGAAACAUGGAAAUUUUUUGCAGGGAUACUGUUGUUUAGCUUGGUAAAGGUAAUAUUCACAUAAUGUAAGAGCUGCAAUGUUGCUCUUCAUGUGUUUUUAGAUUAAAGUGGAAUUCCAACAUCAAUAACAUAUUAACUUCUUAACAGCUUGUCAUUGUAGUUUGACUCUGGAUGUUUCCACUGUGAGGACCUGCAAAUCUUUGCUUCUGAACAUAAAUUAUGUUAUUGUCAAUAAAAGAGUUCAGCAAUUUCAAAAGAUAUUGUGUAAUGCAAAUUUGUAGCCUGAUGUUCUUGGACAUUCUUUCUGGCGUUCUUAGCUGUAUGUCUUGCAAAUGUUUGUUGGGACUGAUUUCUAUCUCCUCUAUAUUUUAAGUUUUACUCAUCUGUUGAGCUUUAUUUCAGCACAAGAAAGUAAUACGAGGACUAAGGAUUUGCAUUGUACUGUCUCAGUACUUAGGUCCAUGACUGACUUUCCUUACCUUUUUUUUUUUCUUAAAUAACUCCAUUAUUUUUGUACAAUUUACUGUCUAAAUCCCAAUAAUGUUGUUCGUGGGUAAGUGACUAAAUGGUAUGCGAAGAGGCUCCAGAUACUUUUUUUGUUGGGGAGGCCUAUGCUGCUGGAAUUACUGGAAGGGUUAGAUUUUGUAGAAAAAUGCAGUGUCAGCUAAGUGGUAAGCACUUUGAGUUGCUAUCAGUAUGUCUUUUACUUUUAUCUUUUAUUUAUUUUUUAUUUUUUUUAUUUUUUAUUUAUUAUUUUUAUUUUUUUAAUCUAUACAUGAAACUAUUUGUGAAGGGGUUGGGGGUGGGAUUAAAGGUAGCAGUCAUUGCGAAAUUGUGCAAGCAUUUCUUGCACUGUUGCAGAGAAGCAUAGCUGCUUAUGUGAACCAGUAUCCAUAAUUAUUUCCCAUCGGCUCCAGUCUGCUUAAGUUCUUUUCAGCUACAUUGGAAAUUUGAUAUUGUUAUUUCAUUAGGCAUCCCUCUGAAAAAAGAUGACCACAAAAGUUUACUGUACUUUGUUUUCGAUAGUGUUCCAAUUAUUUGAUAAUAAUGAUAGACA